GUCUCAGCGUAUUCCCUUUAAUGAUAAAAUGGCGGAUGAAUCUCAUAACACAGAAGAGUAUCCAACAGAGAUCCAUGAAUAUCUCAUGGCCUUUGAUAAAUCUGUUGGCUCAGUGGAUGAAAUGCUGAAUAAAAUGAUGUCUGUAUCUAGGUCUGAGCUUCUGCAAAAGAUUGAGCCACUGGAACAAGCAAAACUGGACUUGGUUUCAGCAUACACAUUAAAUUCAUUAUUCUGGAUAUACCUGACUACGCAAGGAAUAAAUCCCAAGGAGCACCCAGUGAAAGAGGAGUUGGAAAGAAUAAGGAGCUACAUGAACAGAGUUAAAGAAAUAACAGAUCGGAAGAAAGCUGCCAAACUUGACAAAGGAGCCGCACGAAGAUUUAUUAAGCAUGCACUGUGUGAUCCGACUUCUGAGGAAGCUUCUACAGCCAAAACUGAUUGCAAAGCCAAAAAGAAGAGACACUAGUUUAUUUAUUUAAACAUGCCAUUAUUCAUUUAUCUUUUUAUAAGUUAGACUUUUUUUUUAAAUUAAAA